AUGACUGCCACGUCCUCUUCAUUUGGUCAUCUCAUUGUUGUUAAACUCACCGCACACUGCACAGCAUGGAAGCUUUUGAUGGAGUACCAUGAGGAUAGGCGGUUUGCCGGAGACGAGAUUCGACAGGAACCGAUGAGAUGUGUGUCUAUGUACUUCAAAUCAAUAGAAAAGCAGACCCUGAAUCGAAAAGCGAUGCAGAAUGCUGGUCAACCUCCAGAAAAGGCGUGGCAGACGUCGAAGAUAUCGGCUAGUGUUCCAGCAAUGAUCGAUAUACUGAUAAACAGACUGAAUUGUUGA